AUGCAGUCUCGUGCUGUUGACACUGGGGUCGACCUACGUGUUCCAGAAGACCAACCGAUUGGUACCAUCGUCGGGCGUAUCCCGUUAAAGCCAGGGUUCACAUAUCGCUUCAAUGAACCUCCAAAAGAAUUUAUUCUUGACCCAGUGUCUGGUGAAAUUAGGACUAACGUUGUUUUAGACAGAGAAAGUGUUGACCGAUAUGCUUUUGUUGUCUUAUCAAGCCAGCCUACUUACCCCAUUGAAGUAAGAUUACGUGUGACUGAUGUUAAUGAUAACUUUCCUGAAUUCCCAGAGCCAAUCAUAGCUGUCGCAUUUUCUGAAAGUGCAGCAGCUGGAACUAAACUUUUACUUGAUGCUGCAACCGAUAAAGAUUUAGGUGAAAAUGGGAUUGCUAAUGACUAUAAAAUAGUAGAUGGAGACAAUGAAGGAAAGUUUCGAUUAAAUGUUACUGUAAAUCCGAGUGGUCAGACAUCGUACUUGCAUUUAGAAACAACCGGAAAAUUGGAUAGAGAAACAAAUGAUUUUUACAUUCUAAAUAUAUCUGCUCGUGAUGGUGGUAAUCCACCUAAAUAUGGAUACUUACAAGUAAAUGUAACCAUUUUAGAUGUCAAUGAUAAUCCUCCAAUAUUUGAUCAAAGUGAUUUUUCAGUAUCUUUAAAUGAAAGCGUUACUCCGGGAACAACAGUUUUAAAAGUUACUGCAACAGAUAGUGAUUUAGGUGAUAACAGUAAAAUAACGUAUGAAGUGACUGAUACAGAGAAACAAUUUGCAGUGGAUCCAGAGUCAGGAGUUAUAACAACUACUAAGAAAUUAAAUUGUCCUAAGUAUUGUCCUAAUACUACUUGUAAUAUGACCUGCGUAUUGACAGUGAUUGCAAAAGAUCACGGCGUACCGCGCCAAGAUGCUAGAACUUAUGUAACUGUCAAUCUUAUUGAUGCCAACGAUCACGAUCCUGUUAUUACUUUUACAUAUGUACCACCAACAGCUAAUUUUGCUACAGUAGAUGAAAAUGCAAAAAAUGGUUCCCUUGUUGCUGCUAUUACAGUUACAGAUUCUGAUGCUGGAUUAAAUGGUAUUACUAGUGUCAGUAUUAUAUCCGGAAAUGAGUUGAAUCAUUUUCGCUUAGAAAACUCUUCUAGUGUAUAUAUUGUACACGUAAAUGGAGUAUUGGAUAGAGAAGAAAUAAGCAAAUAUAAUUUAACAGUUAUUGCUAGCGACAGAGGAACUCCUUCCCGAACCACUACCUCUUAUUUAGUGAUUCACGUCAACGAUGUUAAUGACCAUGAACCAGUGUUUGAAAAAUCUGAGUAUUCAGCUAUUUUGAGUGAACUCGCACCACCUGGAACAUAUAUUGCUAGUAUUACUGCUGCUGAUGAAGAUACAGGCGUAAACGCUGAAAUAUAUUAUGAUUUUUAUGACGGCAAUCAGCAACAGUGGUUUUAUAUAGAUCAUUUUACGGGUUUAGUUACAACAAAAUCAAUAUUAGAUAGGGAAAUUCAAGGAACUGUUGAAUUAAAUGUUUCAGCUAGGGAUGGAGGACCUAAUCCUAAAUGGGCGUAUACAAGAUUAAAAGUUACAAUAUUAGAUGAAAAUGAUGAAGCGCCUUCAUUUCCUCAAUCCCAAAUUAAUGCCACUUUGCACGAAAACAUAAGGCCAGUUAAAGAAAUACUGAUUUUGACUGCUUCUGAUUAUGAUCAAGGCACAAACGGUUCAGUUUCUUAUUAUUUACCGACAAGUAUAGAAAGAAAAUAUCCUAAUACAUUUAUUUUAGAUCCUAUAACUGGACAAUUGAGUACAAUUAUUGAAUUAGAUAGAGAAAAAAUACCCAUGUAUGAAAUACAAGUUCUAGCAAAGGAUCAAGGAUUUCCUCCUCAAUCGUCUACUGCUACUAUAUUUCUUAAAGUUUUAGAUGUCAAUGAUAAUGCUCCAAUAUUUUAUCCUCAAAGAUACAUAGAAACUAUAAAUGAUGACUUACUUCCUGGCACUACUAUAUUACAAGUAAAAGCAUUUGAUUUGGAUGAAGGCAUAAAUGCUAAAAUUAUUUAUAAACUGGAAAGCGGUGGUGAUGGUUACUUUGAAGUAGAACCGUGGACAGUUUUUCCUGAUGGAUUUUUGUAUGUUAAAAGCCCGUUAGAUAGAGAAGAUAGAGAUUAUUACUCAUUGACAAUAGUGGCAACUGAUUACGGAGUACCACCAAGAUCUUCUCAAGUUCCUGUUGUUAUACACGUUUUAGACGAAAAUGACAACAGCCCCCAAUUUACAAAUACUACAUUUAUAUUUAAAAUAAAAGAAAAUGAACCUCUAGAUACUUUUGUAGGAAAAUUAACGGCUACCGAUAAAGAUAUAGGACGUAAUGCAGAAUUAACGUUCAGUUUACCGAUUGCCCAAAGUGAUUUUAGAAUAGAUCCAAGAAAUGGCUUUAUAAAAACUCUGAAGACUUUUGAUAGAGAGAGUUUAGCUCAUAAUACUGGUCAAAAUUAUAUUACUUUAACUGUCACUGUAAGUGACAAUGGAAAAAUAAAAUUAUCGGAUUCAGUUAGAGUCACAAUUUACAUAACAGAUGUAAACGAUAAUGCUCCUAUAUUUACACGGACACCAUACAAAGUAGAAGUCUCAGAAGGAGCAACUGUGGGAGCUUCUAUAAUGAGAGUAUUUUCAACUGAUGCUGAUGAAGGUCUUAAUGGUGACAUAUAUUAUAAGCUUAUUGGAGGUGACGAAGGGGAAAUAUUUUCUCUAGAUGAGGCUACAGGACAAUUGCUCAUAAAUAAACCUUUAGAUCGUGAAACUUCAGAUAACUAUCAAUUAACAAUACUUGCUCAUGACUCAGGGCAACCUAUUCGUCUCUCUGCUACAACUACUAUUUUAGUAGAAGUUCUUGAUGAAAAUGAUAAUGCUCCUAUUUUUACUCAAACACAAUUAAAAGUAUCAGUAUUGGAAACCGAACCAAUCAAUAAGAAAAUCAUACAAUUUCAUGCAACAGAUGCUGAUCUAGGAAUAAACAAAGAGUUGCAGUUUUCUAUUACGUCUGGUAAUAGGAAAGAAGCAUUUUUUAUAGACAGUUACUCUGGAGAAUUAUUUUUACACAAACAGUUAGACUACGAAGACCUUACGUCGUAUGUUUUAAAUAUUACUGCGACAGAUAAUGGAAGUCCUAGUUUAUUUUCUAGUAUUGCUUUUACUGUAAAUGUGAUCGAUGCAAAUGAUAAUGCACCUGUUUUUACCAAUACGGCUAUAGUACGACAAAUUAGAGAAGGCAUACCAAAGCAUACUCCUAUAGUAACAGUAACUGCAGAGGAUCCCGAUUCUGGUUUAAAUGGUAAAGUUUAUUAUUCAAUCACACAUCAGGAUCCAAAUAAUAACAGACGUCAUUUCGCUAUAAAUAAUGUCACUGGAGUUAUACAUACUUUGUUACCUAUUGAUAGAGAAAAUAUAGACACAUUUAGAAUAACUGUGGUUGCCUAUGAUAGAGCACAGCCAGCUUCUGCAAGAUUGUCGGCUGAAAAAUUAGUGACUGUCAUCGUUGAAGAUAUAAACGAUAAUGCUCCAGUAUUUGUUUCUAUGAAUGCUGCUGUAAUUAAUUUAGAAAGGAUGGGAAAAAAUGUCGGUCGAGGAAUAUUUAUAAUGAACGUGUUAGCACGUGAUUUAGAUUCGGGUACAAAUGGGCUGGUCACUUAUAAGCUUAUUCAUGGUGGGAAUGAUUUAUUUGACUUGCAUAGAAGUAACGGGGCGCUUACGUUACGAUACCCACCAUCUAUGCCAGAGGCCAGGUGGAACCUGGUUAUAAAAGCUACAGAUGAAGCCGUGUUAAGUGAACAAAGAAGUACAGAAACUUAUCUUAGUGUUAUUAUGGGUGGAACUGAAUUAGAGGGUGUUAUUUGGACAAACAUUGGCUCAGUUUCUGUAGCUGAGAACGAACCGGCAGGCACAGCUGUGUUAAAUCUUACUAAUAACUAUAAAUCUGGAUUAGAAUAUUAUAUUGUUAAUGUGACCGGUGAUGGUAGGCAAGUGGAUAGACUAUUUGAUGUAGAUUCUUCCUUGGGAAUUUUGUCAACAGCAGUAUCAUUAGACCGUGAAGCUGGAAUUAAUAGAUAUGAUGUCGAAAUCUGUGCUGUGUCUUCAGGAAAUCCUCUCAAAACCACUAGGACUAAGGUGCAAGUUAUAAUUCUGGACAAAAAUGACAGCCCACCAGAAUUCAAGAAUAUACCAACGGCAUAUCUUGCUUCUGAAGACCUAGCACCAGGUCAGCGCAUUGCUACUAUCGUGGCUGAAGACCCAGACACUAUCGGAAGUAUUGUAUACAGUAUCCAGACAGAAGAACCGGUGCCUUUUAUAUUGGAUUCUAAAACUGGAUUGCUUACGCUUAAAGAUCCUUUGGAUAGAGAAACUAUAUCAGAAUACGAAAUUUUAGUGAGAGCUGAUGACGGAGUACAAUUUACAGAUGUCUCUAUAAUAGUGCAAGUGACGGACACAAAUGAUAACCCGCCAACAUUCAAAGAGAACGCAUACUCCUUUAAUAUACCUGAAAAUGCUGCCAGAGGUUCAAUAGUCGGCACAGUGGCAGCUAUAGAUCUAGAUUCUGGCCCCAAUGCACAGCUGACGUACACUCUCAUAUCGGAUUGGGCCAAUGAUGUAUUUUCAUUGAAUCCGCAAACCGGAGUAUUCACGUUGACAACGCGAUUAGACUAUGAAGAGACGCAACACUACAUUUUAGUGGCUCAAGCUCAAGACAAUGGACAUCCAUCCCUUUCUGGAACUGUCACGGUUUACGUAAAUGUAAUUGAUCUCAAUGACAAUGCUCCCAUUUUUGAUCCAAUGAGUUUUUCCAAUGAAAUAUUAGAAGACGUACCAAUCGGAUCAUCUGUUGUGACAAUCAGUGCAACAGACAUGGAUUCAGGCUUAAAUGGAAAAUUACUCUACAUAAUUACAUCUGGGGAUGAUGGUCACGACUUUAUGAUAACAAACAAUGGCACUAUUUAUACUGUAAAAUCAUUGGACAGGGAAAUAAUUCCUAUAUAUAAUUUAAUUGUAACGGCUAAGGAUUCGGCGAAACCUCCAGAGCCGCAACUUUCUUCUACUGUUCAGGUAACCAUUCAAUUAAAAGAUGUGAAUGACAUGGCUCCUGAAUUUUUAUCACCUAAUGUAACAACAGUGUCGGAAAAUAUACCACUAAAUACAGUCGUGAUGACUAUAAAAGCUAUUGACAAAGAUGAGGGAAGAAAUGGAUAUGUAGAAUAUUUUAUAAAUCCGGAUUCUGAUAUUAAUGGUUAUUUUUCAUUGGGGAAUGUUGAUGGAAUAUUACGGGCAACUGGUAGACUUGAUAGAGAAUUAAAGUCUAGUUACAUUAUCACAGUAACUGCUAAAGACAGAGGCGAUCCUCCAAAUGUUACUAAAACUAAAUUACAAAUUAAUAUCCUUGAUGAAAAUGACAAUAGUCCUGUGUUUGACCCAAAACAAUACAGUGCGUCUGUUCCAGAAAAUGCUAGUAUUGGUGCUAAUGUGCUACAAGUUUCUGCUACGGAUAUUGAUGAAGAUGCUAAUGGCAGAGUGAGAUAUUCAAUAGCGUCUGGUGAUGAAAAUAGAGAUUUUAGUAUAAGUGAAGAUACGGGAAUAGUAAGAGUGGCUAAAAACUUGAAUUUUGAAAGAAAAUCUCGUUAUGUACUGACAAUUAGAGCCGAAGAUUGCGCUAAAGACGAUGUUAAAUAUGAUACAGCUGAGAUAUCUAUUUCUAUACAAGAUAUAAAUGAUAACCCGCCUACUUUCUUAGAUUCUCCAUACUUAGCAUACGUAAUGGAGAAUGUAAUACCACCUAAUGGUGGUUAUAUAAUAACUAUACAUGCAUAUGAUGCAGAUUCACCGCCAUUUAACAAUCAAGUACGUUAUUUUAUUAAAGAAGGUGAUGCAGAUCUAUUCAAAAUAAAUGCUUCCUCUGGCCAAAUUUCUUUAUUGAGAACGUUAGACAGAGAAUCACAAGACGAAUAUACAUUAGCUUUGGUUGCAAUGGAUACAGGUUCACCACCUCUUACUGGAUCUGGCACUGUAAAAAUCAUUGUACAAGAUGUCAAUGACAACAGCCCGGAUUUUGAAAGACAAAGCUACAAAGCUACAGUAAAAGAAAACUUAUCUCCAGGAACAGUUAUUCUUUAUCCUAAAGCUACAGACAAAGACCUCGGCAAUAACGCAAGGAUUAGAUAUAGUCUUUUUGGAGAUAAAUCAGAAAGAUUUUCAAUUGACUCUGCGUCAGGCGUUAUUUCGACAAACGCAACUUUGGAUAGGGAGGAAUGGAAUAUCUAUUAUCUAAUAAUUAUGGCACAAGAUUCAUCUACCACUGAUCCGCGCACUGCCACUGCCAACCUUACAAUAAUUGUUGAAGAUGAAAACGAUAAUACUCCUACCUUUGCUCACUCUGUAUAUGAAACACAUAUUUCAGAACGGACUAUGAAAGAUGAUUUUGUUUUUGGAGUCAAGGCCAAAGAUAAUGAUAUUGGAUUAAAUAAAAAAAUCGUUUACAGUCUAAGAGGAGAACAUGAAAAAAUAUUUAAUAUAAAUAGCGAAACUGGUGUUAUAAAAGCUAAAGACAAUAUUAUCAAAUAUGUAAGUAGGAGUAGAUCUACGUUUAAUUUGGUAAUAAUAGCUACUGACAAUGGUGAUAAUCCACGACAAAGUACGGCAGAAUUGAUACUUAUAGCUAAAUCAGUGAAAAAUUUUCCCAAGUUCACUGUCACAAAUAAACUAACAUUUACUUUCUCUGAAGAUACUUCAGAAGGUGUAUUAGUGACCAGACUUUCUGCUACUUCCCCUAAAAAAGGGCCAUCAGGAUUAUUACAAUAUGCGAUUGCUGGUGGUAAUGUAGGUGAUGCUUUAAGGAUUGAACCUAUCAGCGGUGAAGUAUUCAUUACCGGAAAGGGAUUGGAUUAUGAAACAAUGCCUUUAUAUGAAGUAUGGUUUGAAGUUCGUGAUUCUGAUAAUCCACCUUUAAAAUCUUUUAUAGAAAUAGAAAUAAAAGUAACAGAUGCAAAUGAUAACCCUCCAGUAAUUGAAAAUAAUUUGUAUAAUGCUACAGUACCAGAAGAGGAAUCUCCUCCUCAGCUGGUUAUUAAAAUCGAUGCUCAUGAUGAUGACUCAAAUGAAAAUGGUAGAAUAUCUUUUAAGCUGGUCAAUGAUUAUGAGGAAACAUUUAAAAUUGAUUCUGAAACAGGAGAAAUAUAUACUAACAUACCAUUAGACAGAGAAUCAAUACCAUAUUAUGAGAUUUUGGUUGAAGCAGUAGAUCAUGGCGUACCUCAGUUAGUAGGAACUUCAACAGUUAUUGUAACAGUUCAGGACAAAAAUGAUAAUCCACCAAGAUUCACAAGACUGUUUAGUGUUAAUGUAACAGAAAACGCUGAAAUAGGAUCUUUUGUUAUAAAAGUUACAAGUUCAGAUUUAGACAUAGGUUCAAAUGCAAAUGCUACUUAUAGUUUUGUAGAAAACCCAGGAAACAAAUUUAUUAUAGACUCCGUAAGUGGUAAUGUCACUGUCGCCCGCCCAUUAGAUAGAGAAUUGCAAGAUGAGUAUAUUUUGAAGGUCGCCGCUAUUGAUGGAGCUUGGCGUUCUGAAACACCGUUGACAAUAACAAUUCAAGAUCAAAAUGACAACGCUCCAGAAUUUGAAUAUUCUUUUUACAGUUUUAAUUUUCCUGAAUUACAAAAGAAAAACAGUUUUGUGGGGCAAGUCAUUGCUACUGAUCGAGAUAAACAAGGCCCUAACUCUAUAAUUUCAUACUCUUUGCAACAACCAUCAGAUUUGUUUGCUAUUGAUCCCGCUACUGGAGAAAUUAUGAGUAAAUUUAUGAUGAAUUACAAACGGACAUCUAUUAACCAAUCACCAGAAAAUACGUAUUCGCUAAUUAUAGUAGCUACAGAUAAUGGAAAGCCUCCAAUGUCAUCUGAAUGUUUGGUUACAGUAAAUGUGGUAGAUGCCAAUAACAACGCUCCUAAAUUUAAUCAACAUGAAACGUUUGUUCCCGUUCCAAAAGACGCUACAUUGGGCGAAAAAGUUAUCAAAUUAACUGCACGAGACGAUAAGGAUUUUGGUAUAAAUGCCGAAAUAGAGUAUCAUGUAGUUAGUGGAAAUGGUACGGCAUAUCUUGCCGUGGAUAAAUCAGAUGGCUGGAUAAUUGUAAAUAAACAAUUUCAUUAUUUAGGACAAUACUACAAACUUAAAGUAAAAGCUAUUGAUCGAGGAGUACCUCCACAAUCAGAUGUUACAACUUUAACCUUCGUUGUAACAGGCGAAAACAUAUAUAGUCCCAAAUUUACUGCUUUAAGUUAUCAAGUUAUUGUACCUGAAAAUGAACCUGUAGGCUCUUCAAUACUGACAAUAAAAGCAAGCGAUGAAGAUGAUGGACCCAAUGGUAUAAUUAGAUAUGCAAUAUCAUCGGGCAAUGCUGGAAAGGAAUUUCAGAUUCAUCCUAUUACUGGAACUAUUAGUAUACUCCGUCCAUUAGAUUACGAUACAAUACAAGAGUAUCGACUGAAUAUAACUGCUGAAGAUUUAGGCUUCAAAUCAAAAGAAACCACCGCUACUCUUACAAUUAUUUUAACUGAUAUAAAUGAUAAUGCUCCACAAUUUAAUCAAACAUAUUAUGAAGCAUAUUUACCAGAAAACUCGCCGGUUAAUAGUUUUGUAUUUAAAGUUACAGCUACAGAUAUUGAUUCGCCAAAAAAUGCAAUUAUCAGGUAUUUUAUCAAAAAUUCUACGAUUUCUCUGUUUCGGAUAAACUCAAAUACAGGAGAAAUUUUUUCUAAAGAUAUGUUUGAUUAUGAAGAAAAGACAUCAUAUAGUUUAGAAGUAUUGGCAGAAAAUCCAGACUCUACUAUGCGAAGUACAACUGAAAUAGUUGUACAUAUAACAGGUGUUAAUGAAUAUUAUCCAAAAUUUAUCCAACCUGUUUUUCAUUUUGAUGUAUCAGAGUCGGCUGAAGUAGGCACAAAUGUGGGCGUUAUCAAAGCUACAGAUCAAGACAGUGGCGAGGAUGGUAUUAUUUAUUAUUUAUUUGUUGGUUCUAGUAAUGAUAAAGGUUUCAGUAUUAAUUCUCAGACAGGAGUAAUAAGAGUUGCAAGAUAUUUGGAUAGAGAAACUCAAAAUAGAGUGGUUUUGACUGUAUUAGCUAAAAAUUUUGGUGGAAUUCAUGGAAAUGAUACCGACGAAGCUCAAGUAAUAAUAUCAAUUCAAGAUGGAAAUGAUCCACCUGAAUUCUUAAUUAAUAUUUAUGAAGCAAAUAUUUCCGAGGGAGCUGAAAUAGGCCAAAGAGUAAUUCAAGUUAAAGCUGUUGAUAAAGAUGUUCGCCCACAAAAUAACCAGUUUAGUUUUUCAAUAAUUGGAGGCAACAUUAAUCAAGAUUUUAAAAUAGAUCCCCAAUCUGGAGAAAUAGAAGUUGCACGCCAGCUAGAUAGAGAAACAGUAUCUACAUAUUCUUUAAUAGUCGGUGCUAUUGACACUGGAUUUCCACCACAAACUGGUACAGCUACAGUAAAAAUAACAAUAACAGACAUAAAUGAUAAUGGCCCCGUAUUUGAUGUAGCUAAUUUUGAAGGUAUGGUGUACGAAAAUGAACCUCCUAAUACUAGUAUUACAACAUUAUCAGCAAAAGAUCCAGAUCUACCUCCAAAUGGAGCACCAUUUACAUAUUCGAUUGUUGGAGGCAAACAGAAAUCUUACGUUAAGGUUGAUAAACAUACUGGAGUUAUUUUAACUACAACAAAAAUAGACCGAGAAUUGACUCCAAAUCUAGAAAUAAUACUCCAAAUUGCAGACAGCGGCACUCCAGUUAUGAAAUCAAAUUUUACUAUUUUCGUCAAAAUUUUAGAUCGAAAUGAUAAUCCUCCAACACCUAGAUCAGUACAUAUUCUCGUUUAUGCAUUUAAUAAUAAAGUACCGAAGGGAAAAAUUGCUGAUGUAAAACCUAACGAUCCAGAUAUUAUCGGAGAUUAUAAAUGCAAAAUAAUAAAGGAAUCUACCACUGAUACUACUCUUAAUCUAUUGAAUAUUAAAAAAGGAUGUGAUCUUCAUACCACUGCCAUUAGGCCCGGACAAGGACAUUCAUUUUCCGUACUAGGUAAUGAUGGAAAACAUAGAGACGUCAUAUCUUCAGUUAGUGUCGAAUAUUUUACUUUUGAUAAUUCUACAGUUAGCCAAUCUGUGACUAUGAAAAUUAUGAAUAUGACUUCAUCAGAUUUUCUUUCUAAUUAUUAUCGUAGCUUACUUGAAAUUUUAAAAAUAGGACUACGAAGUAAAGAAAGUAUUUAUUUAUAUAGUAUAAAUGAAGUAAUGGGAAAUUUGGAUUUGACUAUAGCAACUAGAGGAAAUCAUUCAAUAGUUAAAAGAGAAAAUACGGAACACUAUUUGAAAUCCAAACAAGGAGAGCUUUCAAAAUUAUUAAAAAGUCAAGUAAUUGUACCUUAUUUUCCUUGCGCUUCUCAUCAGUGUCAGAAUGGUGGAAUUUGUACAGAUGCUAUUAAAGUACAAGAAGACACUAAAAUAAUUGAAAGUUCUACACUCAUACUUUCUUCGCCACUAAUCAAUCACGAAUAUAACUGUUAUUGUACUGAUGGAUUUAUUGGCGAUAACUGUGAAAAAAGACAAGAUCCAUGUUCUCCAAAUCCUUGUCGUUUUGGUGGACAAUGUCGAAAACAAGGUCAUGACUUUAUAUGUAAUUGCCCAACGCGGCGUGAAGGAAAAACAUGUGAGUUAGAAAGAGAUGAUGUUUGUAAUAAUAAUCCAUGUAAAAAUGGUGGAUCUUGUAAAGAAAGUGCCGAUAGAAAUUCAUUCUUUUGUCUAUGUCGUCCUGGUUAUCGUGGAAAUCAGUGUGAAGCCUUGGUGGAUUCAUGUAGACCUAAUCCAUGUUUCCACGGAGGUAUAUGUAUAAGUCUAAAGCCUGGUUACAAAUGUAGUUGUACAAAUGGCCGAUAUGGCACACAUUGCGAAAGUGCAACGUUUGGGUUUAAUGAGUUAUCCUUUAUGCAAUUCCCAGCACUGGAUGCUUCAACGAAUGAUAUCACAAUUAUAUUUGCUACGACAAAACCAGAUGCAUUACUGCUUUAUAAUUAUGGUAUACAAACAGGUGGAAGAUCAGACUUUAUAGCCAUUGAGUUAUUAGGAGGAAAGCCGGUAUUUUCUUUUGGAGGAUCAAGAACAUCAAUAACUUCUGUCGCCAUAAACAACUUCAAUAGAAACCUAGCAGAUGGUGAAUGGUAUAAGUUAACUGCCACAAGAAAUGGUCGAGUUAUUUCACUAAGUAUUGCAUCGUGUAUAGAUCAUGGUGAUGUUUGUACUGAAUGCGAACCUGGAGAUGACUCUUGCUAUGAUGACGAUACUGGACAAGCAGGUACACUGAAUUUCAACAACGAACCAUUACUUAUCGGCGGACUCCACAAAGCAGAUCCAGUAUUGGAACGGCCAGGUCAAAUCCAUUCUGACGAUUUCGUCGGGUGUAUGCAUAGUAUAUCAAUAAACGGUCGUCUGCUAAAUAUGUCAAAUCCACUACAUGCCUACGGUGUAGAUACUAAUUGUCAACGAUCAGAAAAAGGAGCAUGUCACAAAAGAGACUCUUGUAGAAAUGGCGAAUGUCUUGACAGAUGGAAAACCAAUUACUGUAAAUGUGAUGGAAAUUUUAUAUCUCCAGAUUGUAGUCUUUCUCUGCAGUCCAUCUCAGUAAAUGAAAACGGAUUUAUUUCUUUUAUAGUAUCAGAAAAGCACAGAAGAAUGCAAUUACUUGAAACUUUUUAUGGUGGAAAUACAGGAUGGGAUAAGAAAAUCAGCAGAUCACUUAGCAAAACUGUUAUUAAAUUAAAUAGUCCAGCAAAAAGUUUAUCAUUUUCGUUUCGAACAUAUAGAAAAGAUGGAAUUCUAUUUUAUGCAGCAACCGAUAAAUAUUAUACAUUAAUUGAAUUAUUGGGAGGAAAAGUGAGUUACACAUCUAAACAAAAUACAGUAGUUAAUAUGACCCAAGCGGAACAGAAUGAUGUUUCUGAUGGUACAUGGCAUAAUAUCACAUUAUUUUCACUUGGGAGAAGCAUACGUUUGAUUGUAGAUGACCAGAAUGUUGGCGAAGAACUCGAUUCAGCUGGUGUACAUGAUUUUUUAGAUCCGUACCUUACAGUCAUAUCUUUAGGAGGAAUAAAAACAGAGUGGUUGUCACUAACUAGUUACAAUAAGUUUGAAGGUUGCUUGGCAAAUUUUUCCAUAAAUAAUGAAAUACAGCCAUUUUAUGGAAACGGUAGCAUAUUCAAAGAGGCAUUGCGAAAAGGAAAAAUACUCGCUGGAUGCCAUAAUGCAUUUGGUACAGGUUUAACACCAAAUCCUGAUCCCCUUAGUAUUGGAAUUACUCUUGUAAUAGUAUUCUUUAUCAUACUAAUCGUGGCUAUAUUAGUCUCGUUUAUUUUCUUCCGUCUUCGAAAGCAGAAGAAAGAAAAAGGUCCUACGAAUAAAAGCAAUAUGAUACAUUCUAAACAAAAUGGUGGUCCUGCAAUGUUAAAUGCUCCAAAUCUAAUAGCAGGAACAAAUGACAGUUUAAUGGGACGAAAUUUACACAACAAUGAAACCAAUUUAAGUAACUACAUACCUGAAAAUGUUCAUCAUAUAGUAGGUCCUGAACUUUUGUCGAAAAAAUAUAAAGAUAGAGAAAUUAUGAAUAUCGAUCCACCCAGACCUCAACGUCCUGAUAUUAUAGAACGUGAAGUAGUUGGAAAAAGUCCAGCUCUAAGAGAAGACCAUCAUCCACCACCACCACCUUCUACAAAUACAUCACAUCAUACCCAUGAUCAUCCAAGCGGUAUGGAUUUAAAUUCAGAAGUCCCUGAACACUAUGAUCUUGAAAAUGCAAGUUCCAUAGCACCCUCUGAUAUUGAUAUCGUGUAUCAUUAUAAAGGAUUUCGUGAGGCUGCAGGUGUACGAAAAUAUAAAGCCACUCCUCCUCCAGUUGCGGGUUACCAUCAUAAACAUCAAACACCCCAACAUAGACAUUCACCACAUCAUCCAAGUGGAUAUCCACCAAGAGUAAUACCACAGACUUCUCAACCACCUCCACAAACAAGACAACAUCAGACAACUCCACUUGCACGUUUAUCUCCCAGUAGUGAGCUUAGUCAACAGCCACGAAUACUGACUCUUCAUGACAUAUCAGGGAAACCACUACAGAGUGCCUUAUUAGCUACAACAUCAAGUUCUGGUGGAGUAGGCAAAGAUGCCUUGCAUAGUAACAGUGAGCGUAGUUUGAACAGCCCUGUAAUGUCACAACUAAGUGGUCAAAGUUCUUCAGCUGGUAGAAAAACACCUAGUGCUACACCACAAGUUCCACAAGUAGUUUCUGUUGGAUCGGGAGCUGUCGGCUUAACGGCUGAGGAAAUAGAGAGAAUGAAUGCCAGACAACGAACGUCAAGCUUAGUCUCUACUUUAGAUGCUGUAUCUAGUUCAAGUGAAGCGCCAAGAGUAGGAGGAGUUGGUCACCAUAUGUCACAUAGACAUCAUUCACCACAGGAUGAUAAUAGAAGCUCGACUGGCUCUGAUGAUGAAAGUGGCAAUGAUAGCUUCACCUGCUCUGAAAUUGAAUAUGAUAAUAAUAGUAUUAAUGCCGAUAAACCUGAGGAUGUAAGAAGACAGAAUGUCAGUAGUGGAAGUAAUUCACAAAAACCGAUUCUACCGCCUCCUUAUGAAAGUUUCGAUUCUUCAUUUCGAGGUUCGCUUAGUACUCUAGUCGCAUCGGAUGAUGAUUUAGCUCCUCAUGUUAGUUCAGCAUUAUAUAGACAAGUUAAUGGAUCUCCUGCAUCGGGAACUAUAGGCUGGGAUUACUUAAAUUUAUUAAAUUGGGGUCAAAAUUUUGAAAGUAUGAUUGGUGUUUUCAAAGAUAUUGCAGAACUACCGGACUCUGUAAACGGUCGAAUGUCUUCCUCUUUAAGACUUCCUAACGGUACGCCAAAGCCGUCGGAAGAAUACGUAUAAUUGUGAAAAUAUGUUGUACAUACUAGUUUUAAGAUUUGUACAUUUAUUGUUAUGAUCUUGUAUCAAGGUCUUUAGAUUCUUUCUUGCCAUAAAUUGUUACAUAAUUGUAAUUAUGACAUGUGGAUUCUUUGUACUAAAUAUAUUAAACUUUCAACCUCAUUACAUGUAUAUGACUUUUAAAUAAUUUGUAUAUACAUAGGUAAAUAUUGAAUAUUUUGUAUACUCUUUGAUAAAACAUAAUUUUUAUUGAGCAAUGUUAACGCUAUUACAUUUAUAGCUCAAUCUUUAGUCUACAUUCCAUAAGAAUCAAAGUUUGAAAACUAAACACAUUUCAUUCUUAAUGUGAUACUUUUAUUUUUGGCAACUCAGUAAUAGUUAUCAAUAUAUUACAUUGUACAAAUUAGAGCUCUGUCUGUUUCCAUAAAUAUAGUGUAUUGUAUAAAAAAUAUGGUGGUUAUUGUAUAUAAUGUUAUAUAAUACGCUUAUAUUAAGUAGGCAUAGUAAAUUAUUGUGAUCUUAAAACCCUGUAAGUAUAAUAAUUUUGCAUACUUCCAUACUGUUUUCAUAGUCGGAGCUCUUUACAAAUGUUCUACAAAUUAUAGUAUAUUCCGCCAUAUUAUGUAGUGAACAAAGUGCCAAAAUGCAUGCUAUGUUCAACAGAACUGACUAAAUAUAAGUAUAUGCAAAUAAAUGUAAAUGAAUUAUAUUGUGUUUUAAUUCAUUGUGUACCAACGUAUCUUCAGUCUCCAAUCUAUAAUUAAAUUUUUAUUUAGUUAAGAUGAUUACCAUAUUCUGUCUCUAUUUGUAUUCACUUUUUAUUCUUUAGGUAUGAGGUAGAAAGAGACAACCGAAUAUAAGUCUAUAUCCUUACACAAAUAUACUUCUUGACUAAAUUCAUAGGCUUUUCAUAUUUUAAUUACAGUAUUUUAGAGUUUAAUACAAGUCCUGUUCUAAAAAAUGUAUUUUAUACAGACAGUAGUAGCCAAAGUAAUUUUUCUAUCUUACAUUUGAUUUAUUAAGAUUUCUUAUGCAACUAGCAGAUAUAGCAAAUAAGCUAAUGGCUCACCUGAUAGAUAUUGAAAUAAGUGUAACCGACGUUCUACAUUCAGACACUCAAUUAUAAUUUCCACGAAUGCUAAAAGAAUUUACCAAUGAUGUAAAGAAAAAGUGCAUAAGAUGAUCCCUGUAAGGGAAAUUGAACGUUAUUCCUAAAUCAUGGAAUAGAAUUUCAUUGUAUAUUUGUUUACGGCAAGAGCAGUUAUGUUGCAAAUGUCAUACUCAAUUUUGAGUUUCUGUAUUGAUAAGAUGAUUUCCGGGAUUGUAUUGCUCUUAUUAACGAAAUUGAAAACAUAUUCAAGGAUUGCGUUAUAUUUUUUUUUGUACAUACGACAUUAUUAUAUUUAUUAAUCCAAGUAAGAAUGUACAAUAAAUGUCAAGUUUAAAUUUAAUUUUACCUUGGAUCAAUGGCUAUUACAGAUUGAUUGACAUGAUAUAGUUAUAUUCUAACUAUAUAUAACUAAUCUUUCGAAAAUAUUUCACUGGACGGCGUCAAUCCUAUUGCCGUAAUUAAGAAGGAUUAUAUCUUACAUCCUGAUGUAGGAAACACAAUAAAGUGACGGAAUAAGUUAACUUAAAUAUCAUUAUAUUAGGAAAAGGUUAAGUAAUAAAUAUAUUUACAAUAUUUACAUAAUCAGCAUCUAUGAUAGCGAGGUGUAAUUAAAUUAUUUCAAUUACAAAAAGAAUCAUUGUGUCGGUUUAGAAUUGUCCAGAUGCAUUAUCUAAUUAAUAAUAUACUAAAAAUGUAAUCACAUUGUUCUUAAUGCCACUCAUAGUAAUUGUAGAUUAAAAAUCUCCUAAUCAUAGACAAGUAAUAAGAACCUAUUUAUUUUUCACUGCAAAAACUAAAUUCUACUAUUUAUACAAGUUUAAAUACCUAUACAAAUAAGAAAUAAUUUCGUAUUGUUUACUUGAUAAGAAAGUGGCAUACAUUGUAAGUAUUUACUAUUAGAGCGUCAAACACUUUGUCCUUAAAUAUUAUCAAUGGGGGCCCUACAGGCAAUUACCACCAAUGUUAGGUACAGGUACUACAAUUCCAAAAAAAACUGCUUGUAACGGUGGUGAUAAGAUGACAAAAACACGCAUGUAAGUGACGACAAUUUUAAUAUCAUUUACAUGUCAAUUUAGAACAAAACAGGGUUGAGUAGUUUUGGUGCCUAGGUGGAAUUUAAUUAGAAUUUUGUCGAAGAACAUUAUUUACAAUAUACGGCGGAUAUUAUAUUGCUAAAAUCAUAUUACUUUAAGCAUUAUAUUAUGGAAGUACAAUGAAUGUAUGAAGAUUAGGAGAAAAUAUAUGUUUGAUACGGAAUAUAGUGAUAAAAUGUACAUGUAGUUACAUAUAGAUAUUAAUUAUUAAACAAAAGUACUCUACUUCUGUUUCUUAAUUAAUAUCUAUAAGUAUUCUAUCUUUUCAAAUUAAUACGUAACAUCUCAGGAAUUAGCAAUAAAAACACAAAUGUCAAAAAAUAUUUCCGUAUUCCUAUAUACACAGAACCACCAAGUUCUAAACUAAACAAAUCUAUAUUAUAAGCUCUAGAAAACUUGAUUAUAACCGUAGGCAUACCUACACACAAUAUAUAGAAAACAUCCAGACCAAUAGAAACAAAUAUACGUAUUCAUGAACACAAAUGUUUAUAUUGUUUAAGAAUCAAAUCAACUUCAGAAAGUGUAUUUAAUAAUAAUAUUUAAAGUAUAUACAUAUAGAAUAGACUGGUAUUAUUUGAAAUAUUUAUUAAUAUCCUUAUGGUAUUCUUCAAAUAAGUAUUAAUUUUUUUAGACGUUUCAAAUUUAAGCAAUUAAUUAAAUGAGGUAGUUCAAUAUCUAUGGUGCGACAAUUUUACAAUAUAAGAUCCCUCAUUAAACCAAAUAUUAGCCUACCUAUGCAUUAUUAUUAAAACUGAAAUAUGGUCCUCGCUGAUAAUUUGGCUUUGUAUUUCAAAUACGAGAAAAAACACAAGUUUUUAGAAUAUACUCAGUGGUAAGAAUUUCUAUAUAGAACAAUUAAGUAUUGCCCUUAAGUAGUUGUACUAUAAUAUGAAUAGAACACCUGAAUAGUUUUACAAUAAAACCAUAUUAAAGUACACCAUGUAAAUAUGUCGGCGAUAAGCCCCUUAAAUUACUUAGAGUCUCAGUUGGGUAGUAACUUUGAAGGAGUAAAGUAGCUACAAAAAGAGAAAAGAAAUAUAAAUCGGUCUUUCUAUUUAAAAAAAUCAAUUUACGCAAAAUAUUUAGAAAACUGAUAAUGCUGGUGUUGGCAACACUUCUUAUACAAACGUUUUUCGGUAAGUUUUCAAAUUUAAAUAACAUGUUGAAAUAAAGUAUAAAUUCUAGUGAAUUAUUUAUUAUGUUACUAAAAUGAAAGAGAGUUAAAUUAAAAUAAAAGAGUUAAAUAAAAUGUAGGCACAUCCUUGUAUGAAUAGGCUGAUGAAUUUAAAGGAAGGAAAACAGGUAUGUCACACAUAAUACCUUACAUUGCCUAUUGCUAGGUAAAAGUACCUUGUCUGAAAUUAAAUCUGACCGAUGUAUAAUACGGUAUAUGAGAUUUUCUAUUUCUAACUCUUGGAUAAUGGAAAUAUUUAUUAUAAACUAUACGACAGCAGCAGACAGUCACCUGUUAAUUUGGAUUCAAACAAAGCAUUAGCUAAAUGAGUCUCUCCAAAUAAUACCUAAUCGAGUAAGAUACGAUAUGUGAUGAUAGUUUUUGUACCCAACUUACUAUAUGAGACCUAUGACAACAAAGCACAAUGUCGCAAUUCUAAAAGAAACACUAUAUUUAGCCUCCUAGAUAGAAUGUUUAUGUGAAUUCUUAUACAUAGUCCCUGCCAUGAAAAUCGAAGAUGAUGUUGUUGUUGAUUAUGAUGAAGAAAAAUGGAUAUACAUAAACUUAAUGUAAACAUAGGUGAUUGUAAAUAAUUAGUGAUACUAAUAAAUUACAGGCGAUUUUGUAACAUUUUCAUUUUAUCAUAUCUUUCACAAAUGUUUCCCCUACCGAGCGAAAGACCACAGUCACCAUUUGUUACUUAAUGUUUUGUUGAACACGAUCAUAAUAAUUUCACUAAUUAUUUGUACUCAAUCAUUAAUAUUUUUUCAGCGUUCUAUCCUGUUCAUAGUCAAUUUGGUUGCAUUAGACCUCCUUUGGAAUGCCCCAAUGAAAACGUAACAUUUUGGCUCUAUACGAGGUAAGUUUAACGCUUAUUGGCUAAGAACAACAACUAUGUAUUUUUAAUAUGAAUGAAAUGGCAAACAAUCUGACGAUCCACUUGAGAUUAUAAGUAGCCACUGUCGUCUAUAUUCAUAAGUCGUCUGUGGUAGACAACUAUGAUGUUGGAGGUGUGACCUUCGAAGCCUGUAAUUUUAGUGCCAUAUCUCAUCAUCGACCUGAAACAUAGCCAAACUCGUAUUUGAGAGCGGUCAUAAAAAAAUAUAUAUAGACUAACAGGUGUAAAAUAUCUUUGUAAGUAGACAUGAUGUUAUGUAAUUAGAUUAGGAUUUUCAUAUUUAAUAAUAUUUUAUAUUGGAACUACUAUUAAUACUGAAGAAGUUAUACUAUAAUUGCAGAGAGAACAAAGAUAAUCCU